AUACCAACGCGGAGAUCUGAAAUUGCACGGAUUGGAAGGAAGCUCUGGGUAGGCUCGGAUCCUUCCAAACGCACCCUUUUUAAAGGCUCUGGGACGGAAGCAUCGAGCCUUAGGCUCCAGAAGGUUCACCUGGACAGAUAGUGAACAGAGGGCGAGUCCGGGAGCCCCUGCACGGAGCGCAGGAAACGAGGCGAAGAGCCGAACCCCCAGCGCCGCAUCUGCAGGAUGCAGGUCGACAUUGGCACCAAUCCCCAUGCCCAGCGACCCUGGGUUCUCCGAGCGGACCUGCAAGUUCACAGGUCGAGACUGGGAGCCGAGUGAGAUCUUAGCCUCUCGGGCUGCGUGCAGUGAGUACCCUGGGCUGUAUUGAGUGGCGGCCGGGGGCUACCGCAGGGUUGGAGCAUCUCCGAGCCGGCGGAUACUGGUGGAUACCGGUCGAUACUGGUGGUUGCGGUUCUUCCUGGGACCCUUGCGAGCUGAGAGCCAGGGACAGGAAAACCUUAGAAAAUGUAUACGAGUCAUGAAGAUAUCGGGUAUGACCUUGAAGACGACCGAAAGGCUAAGAAUAAGAAGACGCUGAAGCCCCACCCAGAUAUCGAUGGCGGGUGGGCCUGGAUGAUGGUCCUCUCGUCCUUCUUUGUUCACAUCCUCAUCAUGGGCUCACAGAUGGCCCUAGGAGUCCUCAACGUGGAGUGGCUUGAAGAGUUUCACCAGAGCCGCGGCCUGACCGCCUGGGUCAGCUCCCUGAGCAUGGGCAUCACCUUGAUCGUGGGACCUUUCAUCGGCUUGUUCAUUAACACCUGCGGGUGCCGCCAGACAGCAAUCAUUGGAGGCCUGGUGAACUCCCUCGGCUGGGUGUUGAGCGCCUAUGCAGCCAAUGUGCAGUCUCUCUUUAUUACCUUUGGAGUGGCAGCAGGCCUUGGCAGUGGGAUGGCUUACCUACCUGCAGUGGUCAUGGUGGGAAGGUACUUUCAGAAGAGACGAGCCCUGGCCCAGGGCCUCAGUACCACGGGGACAGGAUUUGGGACGUUCCUGAUGACCGUGUUGCUGAAAUACCUGUGCGCAGAAUAUGGCUGGCGGAAUGCUAUGUUCAUCCAAGGUGCUCUGUCCCUGAACCUGUGUGUCUGUGGGGCGCUCAUGAGGCCCCUCUCUCCCGAGAAGUUAGAAAACUGCCCAGAAGCGGAAGAGCCGUGUGCUCUCCCAGCUUACUCCACUGAAUCUGUUAAGUCUGGAGGACCACUGGGCAUGGCUGAAGAACAGGACAGAAGGCCCGGGAAUGAGGAGAUGGUGUGUGACCUUCAAACACAGGAGUGUCAAGGUCAAACCCAUCCGAGGAAGAAUGUGUGUGCCUUCCGGGUUCUGAAGACAGUGAGCCAGCUCACUGUGCAAGUCCGGAGGGGCUUUAGGGACUGGCACUCAGGCUAUUUUGGGACGGCUUCACUCUUCACCAACCGCAUGUUUGUAGCCUUUAUUUUCUGGGCUCUGUUCGCAUACAGCAGCUUUGUCAUCCCUUUCAUCCACCUGCCCGAAAUCGUCAGUUUGUAUAACUUGUCAGAGCAAAAUGACACAUUCCCUCUGACCUCGAUUAUAGCAAUACUUCACAUCUUCGGGAAGGUGAUCUUGGGGGCCGUGGCCGACCUCCCCUGUAUCAGCGUCUGGAAUGUCUUCCUCAUCGCUAACUUCACCCUCGUCCUCAGCAUCUUCCUUCUGCCUCUGAUGCACACCUACGCGAGUCUGGCUGUCAUUUGUGCCCUAAUUGGGUUUUCUAGCGGGUAUUUCUCCCUCAUGCCUGUGGUGACAGAGGACCUGGUUGGCACUGAGCACUUGGCCAAUGCCUACGGCAUCAUCAUCUGCGCCAAUGGCAUCUCAGCCUUACUAGGACCACCAUUCGCAGGAUGGAUCUUUGACAUCACCCAAAAAUAUGACUUUUCCUUUUAUAUAUGUGGUUUGCUUUACAUGGUAGGGAUACUCUUUUUGCUCAUUCAACCGUGUAUUCAGAUGAUAGAUCAAUCCAGAAGGAAGUGCAUAGAGGGUGCACAUGUUUAGUGUCCUGUAACGUUUCCUGUGGGUUCCCUCCUCGUGCCUACCUCACCUGGCUCCUAGAGGAACACUCUGUGUGAUGACCGGUGGUGUCACUUAUGAAUGGCAUUGUCAUCGCUUCAUCUGUAAGCAGUGUGGCCUCUCUGCAGAGGUGGCAGACGUGAUUAGAACUGUGUGUGUCUUAGAGGUGACAGUGUUUAUAGCUUAUUAAAUAGUUGAUACAGAUGCCCUUAUGAAAACUUUCAAGCCAGGCAUGUUGGCAAAUGCCUGUAAUCCCAGCUUUAGGUGGAGGCAAGAGGGUCAGAGGUUCAAGGUUAGCCUGGGCUACAUGAGACCCUGUAUCAAAAAACAAAACAAAACAAAACAAACAAAACCACAAAAAAGCCCCCCUCCUCUUUUCCUUCCUCCCACUCUCUCCUCCUCUCCCCUCCCUUCCUCUUUCUCUCUCUCUCUCCUUCCUUUCCUCCCUUCCUUCCUCUCUCUCCUCCCUUUCUCUCACCCUCUCCUUACCUCUUUCCAUUCACUGAGACUAGGGUUUUAUAUGCAAAGACUGGAAAUAAAAACACUGCAACUCACCCACUUCUUUGUAAGGUAAAACCCAAGUGUCUGUGUUUCCACAGAAGGUCCAGAUAUGUGGGCUUUGAACACGAGAGUAUGACUGAGUUUUGUAAAUUCUUACAAGGUGGUGGUCUGCUGGUAUCAUGCAAAGGCAGGUUAUCAUUUCAAAAGCAGUGUAGUCUGUGGACUGGAGGAAUGGCUAAGAGGUUAGGAGGUGCUUGCUGCUCUUGCAAAGGACCAGAAUUCAGUUCCCAGCACCCACAUGUUGGUUCACACCCACCUGUAACUCCAGUUCCAGGGGAUCAGGCACCCUCUUCUGGUCUAUGUGGCAUGCAUACAUACACUCAGACAAAACACCCAUACACUUAAAAUUUUUUUAAAAAAAUCUUUAAAAAAGGAAUACAUAUUAGUACAAUUUUGAAAAACAGUUUAUAUUUUUAUGAAAGAUUCUGUAGCUAAGAAUUACAAUUUCUAACUCUCGUAAGAAAUGAAACUGGCCAUCCUUUCUAACUCAGUAACUGUGUCAUGGAAGAUGAUGUCAGCCAUAAACUGAACUCAGCACACAUCCUUCCCAUGUGGUCUAUGAGUGAUAUCCUUAGUCUCAGGAGUGUUUCUUAGUGCACUUCACAAGCAAAUUAAGGGCUAGGAUUCAGACACUUUAGUUUAUACCAUUAUCUUGGAUUCAAACAUCUUUUUUAAGAGCCUGUUAUGGUGGCACACACCUCGUUCAUCCCUGAGCUUGGAUAACAGGUGGAUCUCUAAAUUAAAGGCCAGCCUGGUCUACAGAACAAGUUCAAGGACAGCCAGGGUUUUACAAGGUCUCAAAACAAAACAAAACAAAAAACAAACAAACAAACAAAAAUCCGUAUCUUUAGAGUUUCUCUUGCCCAGUGAAGUACAAGGUUAAGGUUAAGUCACUUAUAAAAUAUGUGGCUUAUUCCAAGCAAGAGUCAAACUGUGAGCGCCAGGAGAUGGCCCAAUGAGUAAAGGUGUUCUUGCUCUUAAAGAAGACCUGAAAUUGGUUCCCAGCAUCCAUAUGGGGCAGCUCACAACUAUCUAUAACUCCAGUUUCAGGGAAUCGGCCACCCUCCUCUGGACUAAUGGGUACACAACACCCCCUAUACACACACACACACACAAUUCCUUUUAAGAGUCAAGCAGUGGGGCUGGAGAGAUGGCUCAGCUGUUAAGAGCACUGACUGUUCUUCCAGAGGUCCUGAGUUCAAUUCCCAGCAACCACAUGGUGGCUCACAACCAUCUGUAAUGGGACCUGAUGCCCUCUUCUGGUGUGUCUGAAGACAGCUACACUGUACUCAUUAUACAUAUAAAAUAAAUAAAAUCUUUUUUUAAAAAAAUAGUUCUCUUUGUAGAUUUCAUACAUAAAGAAGUCUUUUUUUUUUUUUUUUUUUUUUUUUUGGUUUUUCGAGACAGGGUUUCUCUGUAUAGCCCUGGCUGGCCUGAAACUCACUUUGUAGACCAGGCUGGCCUCAUCUGCCUGCCUCUGCAUCCCAAGUGCUGGGAUUAAAGGCGUGCACCGCCGCCACCACCACAUAAAGAAGUCUUAUCUGGGAUAUCAUAAAAACAAACACUCUCCCUUCGCCAGGAUCUCUAUUUUUCUACAGCUAAAACAUUUUCAGAUUAGUGAAUGCACCUCCCAGGGUCGUCUUAAAAUUUCUGACUGCCUUACUUGUUUAUACAUACCUUUAAAUGACUUAAAUAUCUACCUGCUGGUUUGGAGGCAUAGCUCAGCAGUAAGAGCACUUGCCUAAUGUGUACAAGACCCUAGAACCCAUCCCCACACCAUAAAGCAAGAAACUUGUACUCGAAAUUUGUUCAUUAAACGAAUUUGCCAGUGUCUUGGGCCAAAUUUACCUAAAAUGAAUCCUCCUGUUCUCAAUUAUCUUUGGUAAUUAAAGGCAGGAAUGCUGGGAACUGGAUUUGCAGAAUGCUCCCAAGGUCUAACGUGCAGUCAGAAUGUGAGCCGAGCUUCCCAGAUGUACUAGGUAAUUAAAUGAACAGUUUCCUUCUGCCUCAUCUCCAUGGUCCCCUACCCUUAAGGACUAUUGGAAAGGUUGCUCCAUGAAACUGCCCAGAUAACACCAAUAGGAAGCAAGCUGGCUAAUUGAAAAGGAGUCCCAAAGGUCCCACUAAUGCACACACUUGAUAUUACCUCCAAUGACUUGUGCAUUGCCUGGAAGUUAGCUAGGUAAUAACUUGUAUUUAAUAAUUUGUGUAGGCCAUAUUUCAUCUGGCCUAGCACAAAGACAUGUUUGGGUUUUGUUUUGUUUUGAGACAGGGUCUCACUAUGUUGACCAGGCUGACCUUGAAAUGACAGGACCUGCCUUCCUCUGCCUCCCUGCCUCUGUCUCCACCCCUGGCCAAAGACCUGCUUAGUAUCAUCAUAUCUGUAGCACAACUUGAUGUUUUAACAGAGGUAACAUCAGCCAGACAUGGUGGUGCAUACUUUUUUAAUCCCAGCACUCAGGAGGCAGAGGCAGGCAGAUCUCUGUGAGGUCGAGGCCAGCCUGCUCCACAUAGUGAAUUCCAGGUCAGUCAGAGCCUCAUAUUAUUUAUUUAAUAAUUUUAUUAUUAAAUAGAUAAUAAAAGAUGAGCUUUAAAGCUGAAGCAGUGAUGUUCAUUUUCAUCUUAAAUGCACACAGUUAGGAAUGGUUGAACAACAUGUUAUGUAUUUUGAAAACUACAUUACUCCCUUACUUUUGUUGUCUACAAUAUCAGUUAACAGGAGGCAGUGAUAAAUAUGCUGAAUGGUGCUAUGAGGGAUGCUUGUAUUGCUGGCUAGGCAUCAGCUAUCCGAACCUCCCACCCACUGACCCAGCUGGGAUGGCAUCAGGUUAGGUUCUUUCUAACCUUUCUAUUUGUGGACUUAACUGUACUUGAGGGUGCAGUGGCUCCUACUGAAUCGGAGGUCCUGGAAGGACUGAAGCAAGAUCUGCUUGCAAAGAAUGGUUCCUAUUCCAACCUGAAGUAUUCUGAAGGUACUCUCAAGGAUUAACUAUGUAGUUGUAUCAUGCUUUACAGUUUGCCAUUUGCAAACCUGUGUUUUUUAUUUACCUGCAACUAAAUAAAUGUUGUCCUCUUUAAA